CUCUCAUUCACUCAGUCGGUCAGUCAGUCAGUGAGCCGGUGAGCGCGCGCGCACCCUCUCACUCUACCUCAGAAGAGUUCAGCCCUUCCGCGCGGCCCCACCAGCACCCCUCCGGCACCCUCCGUCCUCCGCAGGCUGGAUGGAGCCGCUCGAGCCCGUCAGGAACGGCGCCUCGCGCCCGGUCCAGAUGUACGGGGAGUUCAUGGGGAAGGGGGUCCGGUACGCUGUGAGUCUGUCGGAGCGCGAGCUCACCGUCCGCAAGCUGUGCGCGAGCGGGAAACCGGCCCCCGCCGUCUUCAGCCUGGCGGACUGUCUUGGGAGCCGCGCGCACCGUGACGAGGAGGAGGGCGCGAGCGUCGGCGCUAGUUUCUCCGCGUACUUCUACCCGUUCCGGCGGCGGCGCUGGGCGGGAGCGGGCGCCGCGAGACACCGCGUGGAGCAGCGGUUCCGUGUAAACAGCGGCGGAGACGCGCGCGCGAACCUGGAGGAGGCCAGGCGGUGGGCGCGAGCUAUACGCGAGGGUUCCAUGCGGAACCGGCUGUCGAGAACAGGUGGUGUAUGUGCGGAGGUGAAGAGCCCUUGUAGAGUUCUGCUGCUGUUGAAUCCUCUUAGUGGCAAAGGCCAGGCUCACACACUCUUCACCAGCCAUGUACAGCAGAUGCUGCAGGAGGCCAGCAUACCCUACACACUUACCAUUACAGAGCGUCAAAACCAUGCCCGGGAACUGGUGAGAGAAGCAGACUUAUCUCAGUGGGACGCUCUGGCUAUCAUGUCAGGAGACGGGCUUCUGUUCGAGGUAGUGAAUGGCCUCAUGGAACGAGACGACUGGGAGGAGGCCAUUAAGACUCCACUGGGAGUGCUGCCUGGGGGUUCAGGGAACGCAGUAGCUGCCUCCAUGCACCACUACUGCGGGUUGCAGCCAGUGUCUGGUGAGGAGCUGCUGGUAAACUGUGGCUUCAUGCUGUGUAAAGGCCUGGUGUCGCGCCUGGAUCUCACCUCUGUCUGCAUGGCAUCCAGUCAGCGGCUCUUCUCCUUCCUCUCUCUUGCCUGGGGCUUCGUGGCUGAUGUGGACAUUGAAAGUGAGAAGUAUCGUCACGUUGGGGCAGCCAGGUUCACUCUGGGUACACUCGUUCGCCUUGCUUCGUUGAGGAUUUACCAGGGCAAGCUUUCUUACCUGCCUGCUGAGGAGCCUGGGACACAUCCAUGCUCAAUAGAGUCAACAGAAUCCUUGACCAAUGUUCCCCAGUCUAUUAGCUCAUCUUUAGACUACGCUAAUGACCUACAGUGUCAGAAUCACCCUCUCCACAACUCCUGCAACUCCAACAACGCACUCAAACCCAAACGGACUCAUCCUUCUGUGUUGGGCCCUCCAGACUCGCUCCUUGUGCCCCUCGACCAGCCAGUGCCAGCACACUGGACGGUGGUCAAUGAGGAGAACUUUGUGCUGGUGCUAGCUGCAUACCAGUCCCACCUCGCAGAAGACCUGAUAGCUGCCCCAGCAUCCAGACUGGAGGACGGUGUCAUACACCUGAUCUACGUUACAGCAGGCAUCUCACGGGCAGCUCUCUUGCGGCUCUUUCUGGCCAUGGAAAAAGGCACCCACCUGAGCACAAACUGCCCAAACGUGGUGUACGUAAAAGCACGGGCGCUACGGCUAGAACCCCUUUCGCCCAAAGGAACCAUCACUGUGGACGGGGAGCUGGUGGAGUACGGCCCAGUGCAGGCACAAGUACACAGCAGCCUGGCUAGACUCAUAGCUGGAUAGAUAGUAUUACACAGAACCAUAAGUGCUAACCUCAAUUACAGCUAACAAGAGACAAGAGCUAGCAAGGUCAGUUAGCAUGAAGCUAGCUGCUGGAUGCCAUGCUUUGCUAGCUUUUGUUUAUUGUUGUCCAGUUUAAAAGUAGUUAAUACCAUGAACUUAGAUGACUUAAUAUGAAUUACUGGAAACACAGGUUCUUAGCAGAAGCUACAUGACUGAACUGAUGUGAGAUGUGAGUUUUGGUGAGACCCCAAAGUUUUGCUAACGCUGCUAACAACAAAAGCUAGCAUGAACCUUUAAAGAUGAUUCUAUUUUGAUGGUUUAACUAAAUGGCUCGAACUCUUUUUUUUUUUUAAGAUUUUCAAGCUGGUCCUAGAAUCAUGAAAUAUACUAAGAGCAGGUUCUGUGAUUUUUGGAAAGCAAUGAUUUCUACCUUUUGAACAACAUCUGAUGCUAAUUUUAAAAAUGCGACAGAAUGUAUUUAAACUAAUUGAGAGUAAUUUUAUUUUUUUACUUAAAGUUCUAACACUGCUAAUAUAUACAAUAUGAACAUCCCAGUUUACUUGUCUUGUUACAAGAAAUGGUGCAUCACUGGAUGAGUUUGGAUUAAGAGUCUUUUGAUUACGAUACUUCAAAGAUCUUGUUGGUUUGUUUUCUGAAAAAGCAAAAGCAAAGGUGUCCAUCUGGAUAUCCAUCACUGUGAAUUGUAGGUUUAACCCCAGUUUAAAACGUUGGCCCACAGUUUAACACUGUUUAGAUGCUUCUGGCAGUGAGUGCUACAACAAUAUAACUCAAGUGGUACAGUUAAGUUAUUACUUUUUACAGUAACUUAGAAAACUCAGAGACAACAUUGCUAAUGAAAAAUAGGACAAAGAAAGAACUUCACAUAUUUUUCUAGGUAGAAAACUGAUUAUAUUUUAUUUUUGCCCAAUAAAAACAAAACAAACACAUGCAGCCUUAGCUUUUAUUUUGUUCUCAAGCUGGGCAAUAGAAUGUCCUUUACACGAGUUCAUGCAGGAAGUGUUAACAUCUUUCUGCAUGGCCAGUAUUGGGCACCAUUUCCUUUUAUUUAUAAUAUUAUCCUCAAUUAUUUAGUUGCUACUUUUACUUGGCAUGUAUAGAGGAUGAUCUAACAAAGCCCAGCAUUAUUAAAUGUCUAUUUUGAUAUUGACCGACUCUUAUAUUUUAAGUAUAAGCCACAAACCACUUACAUUUUGUAGUUUCUUUGAUUGACACUGCAAAAUUAAGCACUUUUAAUCCAUUUAAAUUGCACUAUGUAUGAGCUGAGGGGAAAAACAUAGCGCAUCCAACAAGAACAAAUGCCUUAUCUUUUAAACCACAAUGGAAACAUUAGAGCAUAGAUUGUUGCAGUUGAUUUAUGUUACAAUGUUUCACCUAGGAAACAGCCUGUGGAAAGUGGAUACCAAGUCACUUACAGUUCCUGUGACUGGCAAAUGUUGCUUAGCGUAUAUUGCAAGUGGCUCUUUUAGUUUUGUGGCCCAGCAGUUGUCACAGUAAGCCUGAAUGAAUGAGAGUGCUGCUACUAUAUGCUGAAACUCUAUGCUGUUCUGUUCUGAAGGUUAACCAGACAGAAACCAACUUUUGUGAAGAAAACCUGUAAAUUAGGUUGUACAGAUCUUAAGAUCUUAACCCAAUAAAAUGCAUCUCAGUUGGCCUGUCACAAUAAUUAUUCUAUCAACCAAUAUCAUGCGAUAAAUAGACAUGCCAUCAAAAUGUUUUGCUGACCUCAAUAUCAUCAUUGUGUUUACUAGUGUGUUUGAAUGUCACCAAUAUUUUAGCCAACUGUGCAUCAUUAAUGCCUUCUUACACACAGAGCAGACAGAUAUUUACAUAUACAGCUUUGGAAAAAAAAGAGACCACUUCAAAAUGAUGAUUCUGGAAUAUAAUCAAGUGGAAGAUUGAUGAUCACAGCCAUCAAACCAAGCUUAACUGCUUGCAUUUUAGCACCAGGAGUGGCGUAAGUUAUCCAAAAGCAGUGUGUAAGACUGGUGGAGGCGAACAUUCAAAGAUGCAUGAACAAUGUGAGUAAAAAUUAGAGUUAUUCGACCAAAUGUUAAUUUUUGAACUCUGAUUCUUAAAACUUUAUGAAUAUGAACUUGUUUUUUUUUUUUAUCUGAGGUCUGAAAGCUCUGAAUAUUUUUUGUUAAUUCAGCCAUUUCUUAUUUUCUGCAAAUAAAUGCUCUAAAUGACAAUAUUUUUAUUUGAAAUUUGGGGGAAAUGUUGUUCGUAGUAUUUAGAAUAAAACAGCAAUGUUAAUUUUACUAAAACUUAUACAUAUGAAUAGCAAAUUCAGAGAAACUGAUUCAGAAGAGGUGGUCUCUUAAUUUUUUCCUGAACUGAAUGCGGCAAACUUAUUGUGACAGUUCUACGUCUCCAUUUUCCAUCAGUAUUGAUAAAAAUAAUAAUUAAUAUUAGACUGUUUUAUAACACCAAUACCAGUAACAACCAGUACUAAAUUUUAGCUUGGAUAUCCCCACCUAAUAGCUGGUCUUAGCCUUCAUGCCUGACAGCACUGAGCUCGUUGCUUACGUCAUGUGAGUUAUCUCCCUCGUAUCGGCUCGUUUCGAUUGGGUCCAUCACUGGCCAAGGCUGUUUUAACAGCAGUCUUUUAAGUGGACGCAGCACAUUAUAAAUGCACUGUUAAUAGCCUGUGUGUGGACACGCUGCGCUCCAGAGACAUUCCCCACUUAUUACAAACACAUUCUUUACAGAAUCACACUGUUCUGACCUUUUUUUUAAGUUAAAAUUUCCUUUAAUGAAAACUGCUUUAUUCAGACAGCCAGCUGAUGAUGCUGCAGAAGGCGUGGCUAAAGGAUUGAUGCAGGAUGCUCGCAUUGAUUUGCAGACUGUGAGGUCUCUCCCUCAAACACACACACACACACACGCACACACACUCCUUUAUCCAUCACUCAGCACUGCAGUAGUCCACAUAUAACACCUGCCCCCAAACAGACACUCACACAAACCCACCCCUUUCUAAAAACCCAGCUGCUGUAUUCUGAUUGCCACCCCCAACAGACACUGACCUCUGACCUACUGCAUCUAAUUUUGAGUCUGAUUUCAGAUAGCCUUAAAACGUGUUAAAAAUACUGUGAUAAUGGAGUACAGUGCUGUAGCACUUUAGUAAUAGAAUAGCAAGCAUUUUUAAUAUACCAUCAUUACUCUGUAAGUGCCUGUAUUUUAAUUUUAAUAUCCAUAACUUUUAACAUCUGGAUGGAUUUUGCACCAAAACAGUCAUACUUCUUUUUUACACAAACUUUUCCCACUUCAUUUUAUUUGUAAAAAAUAAAUCUGCUUUUUGCCACUGUGCCUUUAAGACUUGAAGCUCUGUUCUAAAUGGCUGGCCUAUAUGGUGAAUGGUACUCAUUUAUAAUGCAGUGUAGGCUGAAACAUUCCUUAUAGCAUCAGUGUGAGUGGGUGGGGCUAAACUACAAAAAUCACAAAAACAGCAAAACAAUUCAGCACAUUUUGUUUUACAUAUUUGAAAAUGAAAAGCAUAAACAGUUAAGCGUUUACAUACUACAUAAAUCACAUUUAAAAAAAAUUAGCAAAGUUUUUUCAUGAUGUGGACCCAUUAAAGGUAAUAUAGUAAUACUGUAUAGUGCUCCUGUAAUAUGAUAUAUUAUCAUAGUAUUUAAGUACAAUUUAGUAAUAAAGACCUGUAUAAAACCUAUUUAUUUUUGCCCAUUACAUUUCAUAACCAGUAGACAAUAGAAAUGGUCCAAAUUCUACCUGUGAUAACAUACAUUAAAGCUAGGUGUUUACACUCUGCAGAUGAGUUUUUGUUAAUAUAAUAAUAUUAAGACAACUACAAUAUAACAAUUAAUAUUUAGCAAGUAUUGACUGUUAGCUUUGGGUGAGGAAGACUUUGAGUUUUGCCUUAAUCAUAACCGUUUCAUUAGUCUUACACUGGAUCAUUCUUUUUCUAGUUAUUAUGGUGAAAGUGUGAGUGUGCUGUGUGUAAGUGUGUGUAAAUGCUGCAGUGGAGAGUUCAGUGACACAAUCUGUUCCAGCACUGCUUUACUACCGACAGAGACAUUGUAAAUUGACAUUUUUUAAAAAAUCCAUUUGGAAAUUCCAUUUCCAAAGCUCAGUUUAUUUGUUUUUCACCUUUUUUACAAUAUACUUUAAAUUCUUUUUUUACUAACCUAUAAUUAAUUUUCUUCAGGUUUUAGUUAAUUUGUUUUACUUGAAGGACCCUGACAGUUUACAGCAAAAGGAUUUUGUAGCAUUUCCAGUUAUUGACUGGACCUGAAGAGCUUAAAUGGCAAAAAUAAAGUGGAAAAAAUUGGGGUGCUCUAAAAGUUUUGACUGGUAGUGUAUAGAUAAAAAUUAAAUGUACUGUUGAGAUUUCUAACAGCACUAAAAAAUGACUGAUACAUUAUAUAGUGCACUAUUUCUGUAAUAAGGGGCGAUUCGGAGCAGAUCAGCUCUGACAUUAGGAAGGUUGGGAUUUUACUGAUGUUAAAGGUUAUUUUCUUAAAGUGAUGGGUGGUUAUCCCAAGAUAGCAGGGUGUACAAGGAAUACAUUUACCCAUUUAUUCAGCUUGCUAUUUUUAUUGAAAUAGCUUAAUUCUUUUAAAAAAGAAAAAAACACUUUAAAAAAACUAAUUCAACUUAAAAACAAAAAAACACUCAUAUUAAAGACAACAGCAUAAAAUGUACAAAAAGUUUGUUUUACUUUAACUAUUAAGUGAAUGAAAACAUUCCUCUAUAUUUGUAAUAAUGUGUUCGUUCAGAGUAAACCUUUAAUUGUUACAUUUAGAUACUGAACCAGCUCCGUCACAGUGUGUCUGAGAGAAGCCUUAGCACAGUGGGAGCAGUUGAAUACUUACUGGUGUGGAUUUAGAGACUUAGCUUAGCUUAGCCUGUGUUUCUGUUCCAGGGAAAAGCAUUGUCAGUAUAAUCGACCAGAGUUCAUGACCUUAUGAAUUUCCUUUGAGAAUGACACUUAAGGUUAUAUACGUAUGCAAGUCUAAAAGCCUGUGUCUAAAAGAAGUGUGUGUGUGUGUGUGUGUGUGUGUUGUUUGUGGUGGUCUGUUUUUCCUCUGAGGUUGAAGGCCUUGGGGUUUGGGUUGAAAGUAGCCUCAGAAUAUGAUAUACGGUUAUUCCAAGGGAUAUUCCAUUUUCCCCUCAUAUCAUGCUUUAAUAAAUACCUCUGUACGUUUAUAUAAAAAUCUAAAAAGAGAACACCUCAGAAACUCCUGUCACUUAAUCAUUAGAGAUGACCAAAAAGUUGUAGUUGAUACUGUUGAUUUGCACAGAAAUGCACCUUUAAUAGAUGUACUGUAUGUAUAAAAGGAAUGUAUAAAUAUCGUUUGCAAAUUCUUUUUGAUAUAUAUAUAUAUAUUUUUGUUUGUUUGUUUGUUUUUUUCAUCUCAGCAGGUUGGUGUGCUAUGUAUAGCAAUAUUAUUCUAAAGCAUUGUAAUUUUAUAUCUUCUGCAUUUUAAUCAUAAUAAUUAAUGCUGAGAUAAGGGCAUAAAUCAAACAAUUGUAUGUUGUUGAAGGGACAUUCCGGCCUAAACCCUAAAACUUAUUUUCUGUUGUUUAAUAGUACAUAACUGAGCCUUCUGCUUUAUAAAUUCUCCAUGUUACAUCAUUUUUGUGUUUUCUUUCAUUAAUACUAUUUUACAAUAUUUAUCAACCAACCAUCUGCUCAAAAACAUGUGUAAUUCCCCACUGUUCUCCUCCUGUUAAAAUAAUUCUUCAGAAAAUGUAAUUUGUCUUUAAAUCUAGUUCCAAGACUAUGUUUAAGAUUAUACUCUAUAGUCCAGGGCAGCACCUCUUGUAGUUUGAAACAAAGUUCUCCUUUAAAAAAAGUAAGCAGGAGCUUAGAGAGGCAGCACGGUGAUCUUGUCACUCAAUUAAUUAAACCCCAUAAUGCUCUUUAUUUUUUAAUGCUUUUGCUCAUUUGUACUCCUAGUAAGGCUGAUGGUCACUUUAAUUGCUCAUUGUUUUCCCUUUCAAAGCCAUUUUGCUUUAGUUUUGGAUUAUAUGAUGUUGGUUUUGAGCUCAGUAGUGCUGCUGUGUGUUUUUAAAAUCAGCUAUGCAAUGUUUGGUCACAUAUCAAAAAGGGCCUUGUAUAAAUCUGCUGUGACCCCAAGUGGUGAAGGACGAUUGGCAGGUCUGGCCUGUCUUAAAUAAAAAUACGUUGAAUGUUUUUUUUUUAUAACUGAUAUUAAUAAUAAUUUAAUUAUGCCGUCACUGUGAUUAAAGACAGCUUGUGUUGCAAAUCAA